ACCUCUAAACCACUUCCCAAUUCCAAAUUCAGGAGGGGAUCUCAGAAGUAUCAGAAGAGCUUUCAUCAAUGGCCGCCAAUGGAGAAGAGAACCAAUCUCAGAUCGGGAGGCACCAAGAAGUUGGCCACAAAAGUCUGUUGCAGAGCGAUGACCUUUACCAGUAUAUACUGGAGACCAGUGUGUAUCCGAGGGAGCCUGAGCCGAUGAAGGAGCUCAGAGAGUUGACUGCUAAGCAUCCAUGGAACAUCAUGUCGACCUCAGCCGACGAAGGGCAAUUCUUAACCAUGCUGCUCAAGCUCAUGAAUGCCAAAAACACAAUGGAGAUUGGCGUUUACACUGGCUACUCUCUCUUGGCGACAGCUCUUGCUCUUCCUGAUGAUGGAAAGAUCUUGGCCAUGGACAUUAACAAAGAGAAUUACGAGCUCGGUCUACCUGUAAUUCAAAAGGCUGGCGUUGCUCACAAGAUCGAAUUCGGAGAAGGCCCUGCUAUGCCUGUUCUUGAUGAGAUGCUUACAGAUGUAAAAGAAACCAUGGAUCCUUACGACUUCAUCUUCGUGGACGCUGAUAAAGACAACUACAUCAACUACCACAAACGUCUGAUUGAUCUCGUGAAGGUCGGGGGUAUAAUCGGCUACGACAACACCCUAUGGAACGGAUCCGUGGCGCAGCCAGCAGAUGCGCCGAUGAGGAAAUAUGUCAGGUAUUACAGAGACUUCGUUUUGGAGCUCAACAAGGCGCUUGCCGCUGACCCUAGGAUCGACAUCUGUAUGCUCCCGGUCGGCGACGGAAUCACUCUCUGCCGUCGGAUUAAAUGACCGGUUUAGAGUCCAAAUCACAUGGUACCGCUAAUGCAAUGUCGUAUGUAAUUUUUUAAAGCUUUAUUUUUAUUUUUCGGCUUCCGGCCAUUUUUUAUUUGCGAAAUGCUAUGGAUUUGUAUUUUUAAUGAACAAAAAAAUGCGAUGAUUGAGGAAUUAUUAUAACUACCAUUAAUAUGUUGACUAAAA